GCGAGCGCGCCCGGGGCUGCUGGCGGGGCUCUGCCGGUGCGGGCGGACUUGGCGCCACGACGCGUUGUUUUCCUGCCGCAGGAGCCCGGGGCGCCCCCUCUCCCCCGGACUGACCCGCCCGCAGCGAUAGCCAUGGAAGUUGCGGCGGCACAGACGCACCGGGAACCGCUCGGCGCGGCUUCGAGCUUGGAUGUUGUUUCUGGACGCGGUCCGCUUCGUUCCUCCUCCUUGGGUGGCCGUUCCAACAGCAGCGCCCCCCGUGUGCCAGCCCAAGGGGGCCACUAACGGGCACCACGCGACCCCACGCCUCUCCAUCUCCUCCCGAGCCACGGUGGUAGCCAGGAUGGAAGGCGCCCCCCAGGGGGGCCUGCAGACCGUCAUGAAGUGGAAGACAGUCGUCGCCAUCUUUGUGGUCGUGGUGGUCUACCUCGUCACGGGCGGUCUGGUGUUCCGGGCCUUGGAGCAGCCCUUCGAGAGCAGCCAGAAGAACACCAUCGCCUUGGAGAAGGCAGAAUUCCUGCGGGAUCACAUCUGCGUGAGCCCCCAGGAGCUGGAGACGCUGAUCCAGCAUGCCCUUGACGCUGACAACGCAGGAGUAAGUCCGAUAGGAAACUCUUCCAACAAUAGCAGUCACUGGGACCUUGGAAGUGCCUUUUUCUUUGCUGGGACUGUCAUCACCACCAUAGGGUAUGGGAAUAUUGCUCCAAGCACUGAAGGAGGCAAAAUAUUUUGUAUUUUAUAUGCCAUCUUUGGAAUUCCACUCUUUGGUUUCUUAUUGGCUGGAAUUGGAGACCAACUUGGAACCAUCUUUGGGAAGAGCAUUGCAAGAGUGGAGAAGGUCUUUCGAAAAAAGCAAGUGAGCCAGACCAAGAUCCGGGUCAUCUCAACCAUCCUGUUCAUCUUGGCCGGCUGUAUUGUAUUUGUGACGAUCCCCGCUGUCAUUUUCAAAUAUAUUGAGGGGUGGACCGCCUUGGAGUCCAUUUACUUUGUGGUAGUCACUCUCACCACGGUGGGCUUUGGUGAUUUUGUGGCAGGGGGAAACGCUGGCAUAAAUUACCGGGAGUGGUAUAAGCCCCUAGUGUGGUUUUGGAUCCUUGUUGGCCUUGCCUACUUUGCAGCUGUCCUCAGUAUGAUCGGAGAUUGGCUACGGGUUCUGUCCAAAAAGACAAAGGAAGAGGUGGGUGAAAUCAAGGCCCAUGCGGCCGAGUGGAAGGCCAACGUGACGGCCGAGUUCCGGGAGACGCGGCGGCGGCUCAGCGUGGAGAUCCACGACAAGCUGCAGCGGGCGGCCACCAUCCGCAGCAUGGAGCGCCGCCGCCUGGGCCUGGACCAGAGGGCCCACUCGCUGGACAUGCUGUCGCCGGAGAAGCGCUCCGUCUUCGCCGCCCUGGACACAGGCCGCUUCAAGGCCUCGUCCCAGGAGAGCAUCAACAACCGGCCCAACAACCUGCGCCUGAAGGGCUCGGAGCAGCUGAACAAGCACGGGCAGGGGGCCUCCGAGGACAACAUCAUCAACAAGUUCGGGUCCACCUCCAGGCUCACCAAGAGGAAAAACAAGGACAUCAAAAAGACCUUGCCCGAGGACGUUCACAAAAUCUACAAGACCUUCCGGAACUACUCCCUGGACGAGGAGAAGAAGGAGGAGGAGACGGAGAAGAUGUGCAACUCGGACCACUCGAGCACCGCCGCGCUGACCGAGUGCAUCCAGCAGCAGGCCGGGGUGGAGAACGGAUCGGUCCCCACGGACACCAAAGACAGGGCACUCGAGAACAACGCAUUACUUGAAGACAGAAACUAAAUGCCGAGGACCUUGGACCUGACCAAGCGUUGUGGUUGGUUUGUUUGUUUGUUUGUUUUUUUAUAUUCACCCUGAGACACGUGCCUUAAACAGACUUCUCGAUAGUCCGAAAUUACAUAGCAUUGAAGAAUAUAUUUCACUGUGCCAUAAACGACUUGAGAAAGAUUGCUCUGCCAAAAGGAAUCCAAGGACAAGGGCCGCACUUCCGACAGUGGCCGCAGGACACCCAGGGAGUGUUGGCACACGCAGGAGGUCGUGGCCACCGAGUGAAGGGCAGGUGCGGGUCGGGGCUGCGCCCCCCUGUGCAGUGCCGCCCCGGCCCCGGCAUGUAGAAAGGGCAGCUAUUCCUUAGACCAGCCUUCUGAAAGGAGCAGGUGUGUCUUCUACAUGGAGCCUCGUUCCCCGAAACUACCGUUAGAGAUAUGUGCACACACAGGAGAGGGGUGGAGGGGGUCUGAACAAGUACCUGUGAUGAGGCUGAGAGCCGACCUUGUGGUAGGUCGCUCUGAGCUGGAAUUUUGAUAGCGAACCACUCAGUGCGUACCCAGUCUUUCUAAGCUCCAAGUGAAUGUCCGUGGGACCCGCGAGCAUGUGGAAUUUGUGGGAAACAGAUCAGAGCACACGUAUUAAAAGGUGCAAUUGCUUUCCUCAUUACAAAAGAGAGAGAAAAAAAUAUCACAAAUGCAUCACACUGUGGAUAUCACCUUAACCAAUGACAGAAGCCUAAUGAAUUUCAUCUGUCGGCGAACGACAAAUGAACUUGCAAGCAUUGGCGAAAACUCAACCUCAUUCGCUGCAUGGUUACAGGCAAAAAAAAAAAAAAAUCAUGCAUUUUCCUCAGUGGGUACAGUGGUGAAAAUAAACUGGUUUUGAAAUGUCCAUGUUCACUUUCCUAGUGGAACUCUGGUUAUAGGUUGUUUUGAUAAGAGGGGGAAAAAAUACCAAAACGAUUGCCUUGCAUGAUGCCAGUGGCUUACUGUUCUGUCUAGCUGAUCCUAAAUUUUUAUAAAAAUAGACAUCCUGCAUGUCUGAGACAUACCAAGGAGGACCAUGGCAUCAUUCCAUCUCAGGGCUUUUUGUCCCUUUGGGUGUCUUAAAGGUAGAUGUAGUGGCGAGGUCCCAUCUUGCUAUCUCCAAACAAAAGAAAGAAUCCCCCAACCAACUCUUUCUUGUACAAGAAAAUUGAAUUGUUUUCAUUGCUUGCAGCUUAAGUGCCAUUAAUGCCAUUUAAAAACUAAUGCUUAAAAGAAGUAUUUACAACAUUCCACUUUUAUGUUUGGGUGUUCCUUAUUUGGAAAGCAUCACUUCUUUUCCUUGCUAUUUUGUCUUGCACCUGCUACUCACUAACGGAACACCUGUGUGAUGGUUCCACAGGCCAACAGUGGCAACACGAUUGUUCCAUGAGGGUUCGGGUGGUCAGUGAAGGAAAGUGGGGGAGUGGCCAGUCAUCAGUUUGGAGAAGAAGAUUUUCAAUAUAUAUAUAUAUAUUUUUAAUCAGAAAGGGCAAAAUAUGUGUUGGGCUCACCAUCCUCUGUGCGCCUCAGCCCGUUGCAUAAUUGACUGGCUAUUUGUGGUCCCGAUGCAGCCGUUUGGACCACAUGCUCUUAAGCAUUUGGACCUGGCAACCCCAAACCCCAGGAAGUUGCUGGUUAUGGGCCUCCCAGGCUCAGCGCCACCUUUUGGGGAUUCACGUGGCUAACACGCACAGAGUGGAUUUAUCAAGAGAUCACAGAACUAGCAGAGACUUCCCGAAAUCAUCUUAUGCUUUCUGACUUCUGGGGAAAACCAUACCUACCACAUCCUUGACCACUGGUACCAGGGCAGACCUCUUUCUGCCCAUUUCCCAAAAAUGCACAGUUCUCCCUUGCCUGGAGCACAUGCAGCUCCACCUUCCCCUACCCCAAAAUUUUAAGCUCUAGCUAAAGUUCUGGCAUUGCUUUUGGGAAGGAGCCAAAUAAGAAUCAACUUCCAUGAGGCCCUUCCUGUCAAUGGUCCAUUUGGGCUCAUGCCUCCCCGGGGCUG